AUGGCCCCCACCGGGCUUCAUGCCGCAGAACCGCACCCGGGGCCGCGAGUCAUCGCGUCUGGACGGAGAGGCGGCUUCGCGCCCACAGUCAACAUGGCGGCCACGGUGGCUUCAGCGCGAGGCGGGCGGCGCCGGGAGGCGGGGGUGGCGGGGCUCCGGAACCACGGCAACACGUGCUUCAUGAACGCCACGCUGCAGUGCCUCAGCAACACCGAGCUCUUCGCCGAGUACCUGGCGCUCGGCCAGUACCGGGCGGGGCGGCCCGAGCCCUCGCCUGACCCCGAGCAGCCUGCGGGCCGCGGCGCGCAGGGCCAGGGCGAGGUCACCGAGCAGCUGGCGCACCUGGUGCGGGCCCUCUGGACUCUGGAGUACACCCCGCAGCACAGCCGCGACUUCAAGAGUAUUGUAUCAAAGAAUGCAUUGCAGUACCGGGGAAAUUCCCAGCACGAUGCCCAGGAAUUUCUGCUGUGGCUUUUGGACCGAGUUCAUGAAGACCUCAAUCAUGCUGUGAAGCAGAGUGGCCAGCCUCCUCUGAAGCCACCAUCUGAGACCGACUUGCUGCCUGAGGGACCAUCAUUUCCAGUCUGUAGCACUUUUGUACAGGAACUUUUUCAAGCCCAGUACAGAUCUUCUUUGACUUGUCCUCAUUGUCAGAAGCAGAGCAACACCUUUGACCCCUUCCUCUGCAUUUCUUUGCCAAUUCCUCUACCCCACACAAGGCCUCUCUAUGUCACCGUAGUGUAUCAAGGGAAAUGCUCUCACUGCAUGCGGAUUGGCGUGGCCGUGCCUUUGUCUGGGACUGUUGCCAGACUUCGGGAAGCAGUGUCUAUGGAAACAAAAAUCCCCACUGAUCAGAUCGUGCUAACAGAGAUGUACUAUGAUGGGUUCCAUCGUUCCUUUUGUGACACAGAUGACCUGGAAACAGUCCACGAAAGUGACUGCAUUUUUGCCUUUGAGACUCCAGAAAUAUUUAGGCCUGAAGGAAUCCUCAGCCAAAGAGGAAUCCACUUAAACAACAAUCUAAACCACUUGAAAUUUGGCUUGGAUCGCCAUAGACUGCCUUCUCCUACACAAGCAGCCGCACAGCAGGGGAAGACAGAGCCUCCACCCUCCGGGGCGGGCAGCGACAAGGUCGUGCUGUUGGUGUGUAACCGCGCCUGCACUGGGCAGCAAGGGAAAAGGUUUGGGCUGCCUUUUGUGCUGCACUUGGAGAAGACGGUGGCAUGGGACGUCCUGCAGAAGGAAAUCUUGGAGAAGAUGAAGUAUUUCUUGAGGCCCACGGUUUGCAUCCAGGUCUGCCCAUUCAGCUUGCGCGUGGUCAGCGUGGUGGGGAUAACAUACUUGCUGCCCCAGGAGGAGCAGCCCCUGCGUCACCCCACCGUGGAGAGGGCGUUAAAAUCUUGUGGACCAGGUGGCACUGCUCAUGUGAAAUUAGUGGUAGAAUGGGACAAAGAGACAAAAGAUUUCUUGUUUGUGAAUACCGAAGAGGAGUAUAUCCCUGAUGCAGAAAGUGUCCGCCUGCAGAAAGAGCGGCAUCAUCAGCCUCAGACCUGCACUUUAUCCCAGUGUUUCCAACUCUACACCAAAGAGGAACGGCUCGCCCCGGAUGACGCCUGGCGCUGCCCGCACUGCAAACAGCUGCAGCAGGGGAGCAUCACGCUGAGCCUCUGGACGCUGCCCGACGUGCUUAUCAUACACCUGAAGCGGUUUCGACAGGAAGGAGACAGGCGUAUGAAGCUUCAGAACAUGGUCAAGUUUCCCUUGACUGGCCUGGACAUGACCCCUCAUGUGGUUAAGAGAAGCCAGAGCAGCUGGAGCUUGCCGUCCCAUUGGUCUCCAUGGAGACGGCCCUAUGGACUCGGGCGGGACCCUGAGGACUACGUCUAUGACCUGUAUGCUGUGUGCAAUCACCAUGGCACCAUGCAAGGGGGGCACUACACAGCGUUCUGUAAGAACUCCGUGGACGGCCUGUGGUACUGCUUCGACGACAGCGACGUGCAGCAGCUGUCAGAGGAGGAUGUGUGCACGCAGACGGCCUACAUCCUCUUCUACCAGAGGCGGACGGCGAUUCCCUCGUGGUCGGCCAACAGCUCCGUGGCGGGCUCUACAAGCUCGUCCUUGUGCGAACACUGGGUGAGUCGGCUCCCUGGGAGCAAGCAAGCCAGCGUGACCUCUGCAGCUUCCUCAAGACGUACCUCCCUGGCCUCACUCUCUGAGUCCGUGGAGAUGAUGGGGGAGAGAAGCGAAGAUGACGGGGGCUUCUCAACGCGACCCUUUGUGAGAAGUGUUCAGCGUCAGAGCUUGUCAGCCAGAUCUUCAGUCACCAGCCCCUUGGCCGUCAAUGAAAAUUGCAUUAGACCUUCUUGGUCCCUGUCCGCUAAGCUGCAGAUGCGCUCUAGUUCUCCGUCCCGGUUCUCAGGGGACUCUCCCAUUCACACCUCUGCCUCCACCUUGGAGAAGAUCGGGGAGGCAGUGGACGACAAGGUCUCCAUCUCAUGCUUCGGGAGCUUGAGGAACCUUUCUAGCAGUUACCAGGAGCCCAGCGAUAGUCACGGUCGACGCGAGCACAAGACUGUGGGUCGGGCCCCUCUGGCUGUCAUGGAGGGAGUGUUCAAAGACGAAUCCGACACCCGCAAAGCGAACUCCUCCAGUGUUGUAGAUACACAGAGCAAGAACUCAGCACAAGGGGACUGCUUGCCCCUCGUCUCUGACCCGUUCGAUAACAAUAAUCAGAUUGCAUAUGUGGAUCAGAGCGAUUCUGUAGACAGCUCUCCUGUCAAAGAGGUGAAACCCUUGAGCCAGUCAGGGUCUGUCACCAAGAAACCAGAGAGCACAACCAAGAGAUCCCCGGGUUCCAAAGGCCCUUCUGAGCCAGACAGAAGCUUGCGGAAGGGGAGACCGGUCUUGGCAAGUCAGGAAUCAUCUCUUUCAAGUACAUCCCCUUCUUCUCCUGUUCCUGUAAAAGUUUCUCUAAAGUCCUCCCGCUCGCGAAACAAGACAGAGUCUUCUUCUUCCAGGGCCAGUGGACGGCACUCCUCCCCUGCCCCACCCAAAAAGGCAUCCUCCCCCAAGUCCCAGGACUCCAUGUCGUCUCCUUCCCCCCAGAAGCAGAAGUCAGCUGUUUCCCUCACUUAUGCUGCUUGCUCCACAUCUGCCAAAAAAGCCUCGGCUCCCACCGCACGGGGCCCCUUCCCUCCUGGGAAGAGCAGGACUUCAGACAAGAGCUUAAGCAGAGAGGGCUCCAGACAGAGCCUGACCUCCGAUAGAGCCAGCCUCUCUAGCUCCAAACCCAGCUCUCCGAGGGUGAGCCAGGCCAGAGUUGGGGAGGGCCGAGGGGAUGGGAAACACGUCAGGAGCUCCUCCAUGGCCAGUCUGCGCUCCCCCAGCACCAGCGUGAAGGCUGGACUGAAGAGGGACAGCAAGUCAGAGGACAAGGGGCUGUCCUUCUUCAAAUCGGCCUUGAGACAGAAGGAAACGCGGCGGUCGACAGAUCUUGGCAAGACAGCCUUGCUCUCUAAGAAGGCCGGCGGGGGCUCUCUCAGGUCAGUCUGUAAGAAUGCCAUGGACGACAAGGCAGAGAAAGGCCUCCAGCCCCCAGGUUCCCAGCAGCCUCCUACACAUGCAGUUGGGAAAGAGCUGGUUGUUGCCAAAGACUCCACUUCUGCUAAACAUUCCCUGCUGUCUGCUCGCAAGUCCAAGUCUUCCCAGCUAGAUUCCGGCGGACCCUCAUCUCCUGGCGGCAGGCAGUCUGCUGAGAGAUCUUCAAAAAAGUUACCUUCCAGCAUGCAAACCCCUGCACGGCCUCCUCAGAAACCUCAGUGAUAACUCCUGUAACCCCAGUGUUUUAUCUGUAAAGAUGUUUAUUGUUUAUUUAUUUAGGGCCUCCCCAUCAAAGCCCUCUCUGCUUUUGUUUUGUAUUUUUUGGGUCAUGUGCCUGGUGUGUGUGUGCGCGCGCGCUCACGUGAGUGUGUGUGUGGAAGAGUUCAAUUGCAAUUGUUGAAAGCGUCGCCUUAUUCUGCCAUUGAACCAAAUAACAGCCACAGGCAAAGCAUAUUGAUACCAAGCUAACUGGAAUUAUUGUAGACAAUACCUGGACUCUCCCUAGCAAUUGUAUAUAUUUCUUUCUAGAGAACGCUAAUGACUUUCGUUGGACACUAGGGUUUUGAAACCUGUGAACCAGUUAAGCUGUCAUCCAUGUGCUCUGUAGGAGGAUGAACUGUUUGACUUGGGUGUCAUCUCAGCAGGAUUUAUCCUCACCACAGAUUGUCAUGUGGCACCAGGAGCUCUAAAAACUGACACUAACAAUGAAAAACUGAGGGAAAACUGUUGCUUUCUGCACUUUGGCCCCAUCUACCAGUCUUUGUAAAGGGCAAUAUUUAUCACUGAUGUUUCUCAGGUAUAUACUCAGCUAGACUAACACGGACGUGUGUCAGUGAAAGGGUCAAAGAGGGAGUUGGCCCGUGGUGGCUGUCGGUUCUCCGCCUACCGCAGGUGCAAGUCUGGAGUGCUGGAAGUCUCCCGGGCCCGGCGUGUCUGCAAAGGUGCCUGUACCGUGAGCAGUUGUGACCCUGGGGAUAUGUGUCAGAGGCGGCAGAGAUCCAGAAGGCCAGUCACCAGUGGUUAACUUGUUUUUUCCCUUCCAGGCUUGCUGGCCAAGGCCCAGGGGGGUUUGAAAGGCAGUGGAACGGCUAACACUUUUGAGAGAUUCCUAGGGGAAACGUGGAUCCUGAGGCGGAUGUGUGAAUCUCUGCUGUCCUCCGUGGCGUCGUCCUCUCUGAGUUACGAGUGGAGCACUCCAUGCUGUGCUGUGUGUGCCGCGGCCUGGCGCACUGGUGUGUUUCUUCCCUGUAACCGUGAGAGGAAAGAGGUUGCCCAGACCCGGGAGUGGUGGCGGGGUGGAAGCCUCAUGCGGCACAGCAGCGCGCACAUCUGACCCUCCUGUCAGUCUGGCUGGUGUCUGCUUUCACUAACUCCUUUGUUUCUUCUUUGUGCUGAAGAUUUGAUAUCUGGCCCAGAGCUCAUAAGCAGGAUUGGAGCAUGUUCUGCCUGGCAUCGUCAGUGCAAAUUGCCUUGCUUGUUCAGGAAAAAGGGACCUGAAAAAUGCCUCACAAAUAGGCAAGCUUGAUAGUCUUGCAAACUUUUUGGAGGGAUGCUGACCAUACCGAGGCUCCCCUCUUCUCAGUAUUUUGUUUAAAGGUCAAAAGAGUCAUGUUCCUGACUUUCUGAAUUGCAUUUGUCAUGCUGCCAUGAAAUACAUAGCACGCGGCGUUCAUAGGCUCUUAAAUACUGACUUAAUGUGUAAAUUGCAGACGUGUCGGGCUUGUCUCCUCGGCGCGCAGACCCACUGUGAUCUAUCUCCCUUCUCAGUGUUGCUGGGUGUGAAGUGACCAGAACAACACGUGUGCGUAGCCACAAAUUCUGCACUGCCUUUUUUUUCUUUUUCUCUUUUAUUCCAUGAUUACCUCUCGGGAAAUGUUUCCAGUAGGUCACUUAAUUUUAUUUUGCUGCUGUUUUGAGCACUAGCAGGUCCCUUGCAAGUCCGGAGGCCAUUGAUGCAGGGGUAGCUGGAAUUUAGGUCCUCGGAAUAUUUAAGACUUACAUGCUCAGCCUGGUGAAGUUUCCGUAGGGCGCCAUGAAACUCACGCUGCAGGAGCCUGUGGCCCAUCGCUGGCUCCUCCCUGGCACCCGGCUCACCGUGCAGCGUCUGGUCCCCAGAGCAGCUCGCCGCCCCUGCGGGAGCGGCUGCCUGCUGCUGCUGUCCCAGCUUCCCAAGGCACGCGGACAGCCCCCUCAGUGUUCAGCCACUGCUAGUUUUACUGUAUUGCUUUUAUUUCCUGGAAAAGAUGCACAAAGGGGAGCAUCAGCGAUACCAGGAAUUGUUUAAUUUGAACACUUCCUCUUUCUUUAAGAAAGAAAUUUGAAAUCUGUCUGAAGCAGUUAUAGAAAUUAUAGUUUGACUACACAAAGGGUUUUAAUAGGCACAUGGAGGGGUCGGGAUUUUAAUCAGUUAAGCAUUAAGAGAAAGCGGUUUAACUUUCACAGUGGUAAAUGUUUUUAUACUUGAACCCUUCAGGAAUGGAUUUUCCAUUAUGUUUGUGUCUAAAAAAAAAAGCAACAACUAUAGACUACUUUAAAUUUCCAUGGGAUCCAGAAAUAAAAUUUCAGUGUCUUUAAACUGUAUGUUUGUGGAGUUUAGUCCUUGUUUCAGAUAUAAAGGGGGGACAAUUCAGGAAGUAAUGGCAUUAUCUAGGCAUCUUGAAGCUGUGAUAUUUCUGUGCUUGGAAAACCAUGAAACUUCUUGUUAAACAUCUUUAACUACUAGGUGCAGCUUUAAGGCAAGCUGCACCUACUGCGCUCAGAAGUUUGGAGGUGCUCUUUGACCCGAGAAAUACCUUAUAAGAAAUACUACUUCUUCAGUUCAUUUUUUGAUGUGUUAGGAACUUGGGGUGUGUUUUGUUUACUUACUGGCUGCUAUUUGGAACCAUGAAUCUGCAUGCAUUUUGGGUUAAAUGUUGUUUGCUGAGGACUGGGUUUCUGGUAGUCAACCAGGCAGCCUGAUCAGAGCACUCAUUUUCUGGUAUGCACAAAAUAAUCAGCAGUAGUAUUGUGUCUGCAGAGUUUGUUUGCUUUAAGGAAACUUUUCACUCUUCAUGUGUUUUCCUGUAAACAUCCAGUGCACUGAGACUCAUCAUUCCUUAAGAAAGCUCUGUGCAGGCUUUGUCUCUGUUAAACCUUCCUAUAAUAUAGAAGCACAAAGAAACUGUUAAGUUCAUGCCAUCUCAAGACCAUUUCCCCCUUUUGUAUUUUGUAAUCCUGAAAGCAGCCUACGGGAAAUACCUCCUACGCUGGGUGGCAGAGAUGGUGGACGUGGUUGCCCUAGGGAGUAACACUGCGGUUAGCUGUGAGGCUGAUCUGGCUUUUUGUGAUCCCGCUCCGCAUUCCUUCAUUCAUUCCUUUCUUCAUUCAUUCAUUUCACUCGGCGAGCAUUUGUUGAGGGCCGGCUUUGCUUGUGGAGGCAAGCUGGAAGCUUCGGGAGUUGAUGUGGCUCAGCAGCCCCGGGGAGCACAGCCGGUGACCUGGGGGUGCUGAUCAUGUCCUUAGAGGGGCUGUGGGCCUCCGGAACGGGAAGCAGGUACGCUUCUUGGUGAAUGGGCCAAGGCUCGGGAACCUCUGGAGCAAGCCUGUCAUGUUUUGGAAACCAAAAGUGCCCUUCAUCUUUGGAGUUGUUUUAUUCUUCAUCCACUUUUCAGACUGAGCUCUCUGUUCCUUGGGGGUCAAAGUCGCAUCACAGUCACUGUUCAUGAGAAUCUAGUCAUCCAUGUUUGGAAGAGCUGGGGCGGGGAUAUUUCUUUGGUGGGGGGUGGGGGGGUUAGAGAGAAAAAUUGUCAUUCUUAAAAUGUCAUCAAGAAAAAUAGGGAACGGUAUAUAAAGGAAACAGCGGUAGUGUUUAAGAGCGGUGAGCAGAGAGGAGUUGUGAGCGAAGCUCAUUGACUUCAUUUAAAAAAGAGUGACAGUGUCGUCACACUGCAUGCUGACCCGCCACAGCCGCGGCUGUCGGUUCUGCCACUGGGAUCGUGCUUACUGGAUUCAAAAAUGACCAGGUUCUGGGUCGGAAUUUGGCAGCGUCCGCACAUCAAAAGCACACUUCCAGUAAAAUAGAAUCCAUGAGGCGCAUUGAACUUUGUAUCACUUGGAGAAGAGCGAGACUUGCUGGCAAGCCAGGGCCUGAAUCAUAAACAUAAACACGAACGUGGCGGUUCCCCUGCAGGCUGCCUUUCAGGUCACAGAGGGUACAUUAUUCUCAAGCUGACUACAUAUUUUGAGGGGAAUCCUAUACUUUAAGUGGACGCCAGUGUGUCUGCCUUUGGGUCAGCUUCCAAAGUAUUUGUUUUUGCAGCUGCAUUUUAAGCAUGACCGAUUCUUUUCUAACCCCAAGCUAUGAAAAGGAUGUUGCAUGGCCUCCAACUAACCAGAAAGCAUGAUCUCCUACCUAUGCAAGCAGCUAGUGUACAAAUUAAGAGACGACUAAAUGUACAUUUUUUAAAAAAGAGGCAACUCUUAAAUUGUGAAGCUCUAUUUUUGAAUUUGUAAUUUUUUAAAUGUGGCUUACUCGUCCAUAUAGAAAAGCAUGAAUGUGGAUUAUUUUGCUUUGCACAUGUUUCUCUGCUGAUUUUUUUCUUCCAUUGUUGGCAAGAUUGUGUGUAAAAUAAGUAUUUUGCAAGUGGGGGUGGAAUUGGAUACGUUGAACACACUGAUUUAUAUACUAUAUUUAGCCUGAAGACUUUCCUAAGAUAUUUUGUUCUAAAAGAAAAAAAAAAAACCUGCCAUUUUCUAUAAAUUUUAAUUUUUUAUAUCUUCAAGGGUCCUAUUGUGGUCACAAGAAAGAAUGUGGCUUCUAAUAGUGCUAACAAUUUUAAAACGCUUUUGUAGAGACUUAGAGCUGUUUAGGAAGCUUUGGGCCUUCCCCCUGAACUAAACUUGUGGGGUAUAUGGUAGUCUUGUGUAGAUUAGGUUCCAGGUCCAGUCCAUGUUCAUUUACAACAGUUUCCUGACUGGAGAUGGGAGACCCAUCCCACCCCUGGGUGGCCGCUUAAGAUCUCCACGCCCUUGCACCCAGGAUGCUAACUAAAGCUCUUCCGAAUGGCUUGCUUGAGGUUCUGAUUAAUUAGAAUCAUCCAGGGAACCUUUAAAAACACCCAGGACCCACUCUCAAGCUUUUGAUGUAAUUCCUGCUGGGUGCGGGACCCCUACAGUGACCUGCAUUCAGCUCCUCCAUGGUCCUAACGCAGCUGGGAUUGAGGGCCGCUGUGCCAUGCUCUCCCUCGGCCGCUGUAGGAAAUCCUCGGGUGGGGCUGAGCCCUCCGUUUUGUCAGACGGGACAGAAGCUUGCGAACUCUGGUAACAACCUCCAGUUUGAAAUGAGGGGUCUUUCUGACUCCAAGGCCUGAUUUGGGAGGAGCAUUUUGUGGGCAGCUGGCACUUGGCUGUUGGAUGGGGCAUCAGUGGUCUGAUUGGCUGGAGCAAUUGGGUGACCCUUGGGGCUGUGUCCUUCCCCUGGGUGUGUGUGGCAUGUCCAGACCCAUGGGGGAGCAGGGACGUCGCCCCUGCGUUAGAAAAUGCCUUCAAGGACCUUAGAAAGCUGUCCCUGUUCUGAUAGAGCAGUUGUCUCUGUAUAUUAACAAACCCCAGGUUGCUGCUGAGUUUCAUUUUUAUACACACAGUGGUUUUAAGAAUGGUUUUCAGUUUUAAAUGAAUGUGAAACAUUUUAUUUGGAGUCUUUUUUUUUUAGUAAUACUCAGUAUUUUUUCAUGUUAGUAAAAAUAUUAGAUAAUAUCCAAAAAUUGGCAGUCUUAUGUUACUUAUGGAGGCAAAUGAAAUUUAGUUUUAAUCUGUGGUGAGCUGAAUGCAUUCGACAGCUUUAGAGUAGUCUGCUGUGCUGCUAGGGUGGUUUCUGCCUGUUCAGCAUCACGCGGCUUACAAAAAACAACAAAACAGAACUUGGUAUUUUCAACAUUUCAAGGAAUAAAGAAGUAAAAAUCCAAGUUGGAAAUGGCUCCUCUGGAAAGCCCAGCCAGGGUGGGUUCCCUGUUGUAGUCACAAUGCAAUAUGCAAUCCCAGGUGCUAUUCUACACGGUGGUCUUCACACCACAUGGGGGCAGUGAGUGGGGUGUUUCCAAAGCAGACGUUCCACGGAGGCUCAGCUAUUUCUCUUCCCUAGAGGUUUGCUCACCAACUGUGCCUCUCGCCACUGGUUAAAAUGAAUUUAGGCCCCAUUACAAAAGUCGGUUCUUGAUUGAACUCCUCAGUUUUUACACUGGAACUUCUAUAGCUGUCUUAAAAGCUGCAUGUCAUAUUGCUGUACACAAAAUGCUUUGGUAUUUUCAUGCACUACUCGGUGAGUUAUGUAAUUUUCCUCUUUAGUUGUGCAGUCAUGGAAUGCAGGACGUCUCUCCUUGAGGCUGGAAGAAAAGUGUAUCAUACAUUUUAAAUUAUUUUAGAUCAAGUGCAUGAGAUGUGCCACUGACGUCUGUUAUUUAUUUGUAUGUUUUAUUCAAGGUGUACGCACUUUCAAGAAGCAGAAUUUCUAUUUUUAUGUUUAAAAUGUUUUAUUUCUGGAACAGCAGUUGAUUAUAUAGUAUACAGUUGGAAUUAAGAGAAAAGUGGAAAAUGUAACAAAAUAUAAUAAAUUUAUUACAUGAUGCCCUC